ACGGCCCCCAGACGGCCGCAGACCUGUUACGAUGAGAAGACAGCGCCACGGGGCUGUUUUCUUUGGCCAGACCUUCGUCUGAAAUUGUUUCACUUAUUUAUUGGAUGUAGGCCCACCCUCUUCCCCAAGUACUGCUCACUUCAGGCAAGCUCCUACCGCUAUCGUUUUUUGACUUCUUACUUCUAUGUAUUUAUUUUUAAAGCUUUAAUCGACUUUAUUUUUAGAGCAGGUUUAGGGUCACAGCAAAUUGAGCGGAAGGGCCAAAGCCUCCGCGUGUCUCCCCCGCCCCCGGUCCCCCACGCACAGCCUCUCGGCCCUCAGGCUCCCCCCAGGCCUGUUGUCUGAAGCGUAUGACAUGAUAGUAGCCAGUCAAGACAGGGAAAGCCCUAAACACCUGUGGAAAAAAGGCAAAAUCAUACUAGUAUGAUCAACUCUACUAGUUGGAAAUUUAUGAAAAUGGGGACAGAAACCUCCCUGAAAGCUGCAUUUUAAUUUCUUUUUUUUCCAAUAUAUUAUUGGUGUAAUAAUGCAUCAUUAUGUUUAAAUUCUUAUUUAAAUUAUUUAAGUGGAUUAUUUUCAGGCCUGUGCUAGCCGUUUGGAAGCGCUUACAUGUGUACAGGUGAUAAGUACGAUUUCUACGGUUUGUCCCCGAGUCAUGUCUCGCUGUGAGCCUGGGGGCGCAGCCUGGCCGGCAUCCUCCGGAUCCUCCUUGGGCUUGUCCUUGUCCUCCCGCUAGUCGCCGCCCCCCUCCCCCUCCCCCGCAGCCCCACCGUCCCUCUGUCCGACCGGGGGCUGCUUUCCUGGCCAGAAGUCGGGCCAGGGCCAUCAGGAAGCUGCUGUGGGAGAGAGUCGCCAGCCCUCGUGCACAGGGACCGAAAGGUUGGGGACAUCGUCAUGGUCAAGGAGGAUGAGACCUUCCCCUGUGACCUGAUCUUCCUGUCCAGCAGCCGCGUGGACGGGACCUGCCACGUGACCACCGCCAGCCUGGACGGAGAGUCCAGCCACAAGACCCAUUAUGCAGUUCAAGACACAAAGGGGUUUCGUACGGAGGAAGAUAUAGAUUCUCUCCACGCCACCAUCGAGUGUGAGCAGCCCCAGCCCGACCUCUACAGGUUCGUCGGCCGCAUAAAUGUUUACAGCGAUCUGAAUGACCCCGUGGUGAGGCCAUUAGGAUCGGAAAACUUGCUUCUUAGAGGAGCCACGCUAAAGAACACUGAGAAAAUCUUCGGUGUUGCUAUUUACACGGGCAUGGAAACCAAGAUGGCACUGAAUUAUCAGUCAAAAUCCCAGAAGCGAUCUGCUGUCGAAAAGUCAAUGAAUGUGUUCCUCAUCGUGUACCUCUGCAUCCUAAUCAGCAAAGCGCUGAUUAACACCGUCAUGAAGUACGUGUGGCAGAGCAAGCCGUUCCAAGAUGAGCCGUGGUACAACCAGAAGACAGAGGCAGAAAGGCAGAGGAACCUGCUUCUCAGAGCCUUCACGGACUUCCUGGCCUUCAUGGUUCUCUUCAACUACAUCAUCCCCGUGUCCAUGUACGUCACCGUGGAGAUGCAGAAGUUCCUCGGCUCCUACUUCAUCACCUGGGACGAAGAGAUGUUUGACGAGGCAACGGGGGAAGGGCCUCUGGUUAACACCUCGGAUUUAAACGAGGAGCUCGGACAGGUGGAGUACGUGUUCACGGACAAGACGGGCACCCUCACCGAGAACAACAUGGAGUUCAAGGAGUGCUGCGUGGAGGGCCACGUGUACGUGCCGCACGCCAUCUGCAACGGAGAGGCCGCCAUCGACAUGAUCGACGCCUCCCCGGGCGCCGGCGGGCGGGAGCGGGAAGAGCUGUUUUUCCGGGCCAUCUGUCUGUGCCACACCAUCCAGGUGAAGGACGAUGACGAGGUGGACGGGCCCAGGAAGUCGCCGGACUCAGGGAAGCGCUGCGCGUACAUCUCGUCCUCGCCGGACGAGGUGGCUCUGGUUGAAGGCAUCCAGAGACUGGGCUUCAGGUACCUGAGGCUGAAGGACAAUUACAUGGAGCUCCAAAACAGGGACAGUGACAUUGAGAGGUUCGAAUUGCUGGAAAUUUUGAGCUUUGACUCAGUAAGAAGGAGAAUGAGUGUAAUUGUCAGAUCUGCUACAGGAGAAAUUUAUCUGUUUUGCAAAGGAGCAGAUUCCUCAAUAUUUCCCCGAGUGAUAGAAGGCAAAGUGGACCAGAUCCGAUCCAGAGUGGAGCGCAACGCAGUGGAGGGGCUUCGGACCUUGUGCGUUGCCUACAAAAGGCUCAUCCAAGAAGAAUAUGAAGGCAUCUAUAAGCUGCUGCAGGCUGCCAAAGUGGCGCUUCAAGAUCGGGAAAGGAAAUUAGCAGAAGCCUAUGAGCAAAUAGAGAAAGACCUUAUCCUGCUCGGUGCUACGGCCGUGGAGGAUCGGCUGCAGGAGAAGGCGGCCGACACCGUCGAGGCCCUGCAAAAGGCAGGCGUCAAGGUCUGGGUGCUCACGGGCGACAAGGUGGAGACGGCGGCCGCCGCCUGCUACGCCUGCAAGCUCUUCCGCAGGAACACGCAGCUGCUCGAGGUCACCACCAAGAGGCUGGAGGAACAGAGUCUGCACGACGUGCUCUUCGAGCUGAGCAAGACCAUCCUGCACUGCAGCGCCAGCCUGACCCGGGACAACUUCUCAGGACUCUCAGCCGAUAUGCAGGACUACGGUUUAAUUAUUGAUGGCGCCGCGCUGUCCUUGAUAAUGAAGCCACGUGAGGACGGGAGCUCCAGCAACUACCGGCAGCUCUUCCUGGACAUCUGCCGGAACUGCAGCGCCGUGCUCUGCUGCCGGAUGGCGCCCCUGCAGAAGGCCCAGAUUGUUAAAUUAAUCAAAUUUUCAAAAGAGCACCCUAUCACUUUAGCGAUUGGUGACGGCGCAAAUGACGUCAGCAUGAUCCUAGAGGCCCACGUGGGCAUAGGCAUCAUUGGGAAAGAAGGUCGCCAGGCUGCGAGGAACAGUGACUAUGCGAUACCGAAAUUUAAGCACUUAAAGAAGAUGCUACUUGUUCAUGGGCACUUUUACUAUAUUCGAAUAUCUGAGCUUGUGCAGUACUUCUUUUAUAAGAAUGUCUGCUUCAUUUUCCCUCAGUUUUUAUACCAGUUCUUCUGUGGGUUUUCACAACAGACCCUGUACGACACUGCCUACCUGACUCUGUACAACAUCAGCUUCACCUCCCUGCCCAUCCUGCUGUACAGCCUGAUGGAGCAGCACGUCACCAUGGACACGCUCAAGAGGGACCCUGCCCUCUACAGAGACAUCGCCAAGAAUGCUCUCCUCCGCUGGCGGGUGUUCAUUUACUGGACGUUCUUAGGCGUGUUCGAUGCUCUGGUGUUUUUCUUCGGUGCUUACUUCAUGUUUGAAAACACAACCGUGACCAGCAACGGACAGAUAGUGACCACCAACACACACAUGGUGUUUGGGAACUGGACCUUCGGGACGCUGGUGUUCACGGUGAUGGUGUUUACGGUGACCCUGAAGCUGGCGCUGGACACACACUACUGGACUUGGAUAAACCACUUUGUGAUCUGGGGGUCACUGCUGUUCUACGUCGUCUUUUCCCUCCUCUGGGGAGGAGUUAUCUGGCCGUUCCUCAGUUAUCAAAGGAUGUACUACGUGUUCAUACAAAUGCUGUCCAGCGGCCCCGCCUGGCUGGCCAUCGUCCUGCUCGUCGCCGUCAGCCUCCUUCCCGACGUCCUCAAGAAAGUGCUGUGCAGGCAGCUGUGGCCCAGUGCCACCGAGCGAGUCCAGAGGAGCUCGAGCCGCCGAGCCCCGGCCGACGCCGCGCCAAGCCCUGACCGGCCUCUCCUGACGGACCCCGCGCCGCGGCCGAGGCGCGAGUAGCUGGCGGAUAGACCACGUGCUUGGUGUCAGGACCACCUCUCGGGAGUCACCCUCUUGCCUCUCUGUAGACCCCAGCCCUGGGCAGCGCCCUGGGAGGGCGGGGGGCGCCGGGCCCCCU